GGCUUGAAGAUACUGGAAGUCUAUUUGGCUACAAAUUCCUGUGCUAGCCAGAGGAUGAGUAAUGAGCAGGCAUGAGAGGUUGAGGCAUUCAGCUUCCCUGCAAAUCUUGGUAUAGAUCACGUUCUUUUCUAUAGGUUGGAACCACAGAGCACAAUGAGUACGAGAAAGCGUCGUGGAGGAACAGUAAAUUCUAGACAAGCCCAGAAGCGAACUCGAGAAGCAUCCUCCCCCCCUGAGAUGGCCCUGGAGGCAGAACCCAUAGAACUUGUGGAAAGCGCUGGAGAUGAAAUAGUGGACCUCACCUGUGAAUCUUUAGAGCCUGUGGUCGUCGACCUGACUCACAGCGACUCUGUCGUGAUUGUUGAAGAAAGGAGGCGGCCAAGGAGGAACGGCAGGAGGCUGCGCCAGGAGCACGCCGACAGCUGUGUGCUGAGCAGUGAUGACGAGGAGCUGCCCAGGGACAAGGACGUGUAUGUGACCACCCACACCCCCAGAAACGCCCGGGAGGAGGCCGCUACUGGACUCAGGCCCUCUGGUACUGUCAGUUGUCCCAUCUGCAUGGACGGGUACUCGGAGAUUGUGCAGAAUGGACGUCUCAUUGUUUCUACAGAAUGUGGCCACGUCUUCUGUAGCCAGUGCCUCCGUGAUUCCCUUAAGAAUGCUAACACUUGCCCAACUUGCAGGAAAAAGAUCAGCCACAAGCGGUACCACCCCAUUUAUAUAUGA